AUGGGGAAAGGAAGAAGUCCUGGGAAAUGGUUCAAGAACUUACUCUUGGGGAAGAAAUCGUCGUCAAAGUCUACUUCAUCAAAGAAGAAUGAUAUUUUUAAACCUUCAAGUAAUAAGGAUGUGGUGGUGUCUUCUGAGGUACCUGUGUCUGAUCCACCUGUCAAUUCUUUGCUGAUAUCUCCACCGAUAUCUGGAGCUAAUGAUACUAAAGGAGUUCUUUUGGAUAAGGAGUUAGUUAGUAGAUCAUCACAUGAUAAAGAUGUUCUUUCAACCGGAGAUGAAGAGGCUAAGGUGCAGGAUGUUGCUAAUUUGGGAUCUCAGGAGGAUCUUGAGAAACUUCAGCUUACAGAAGCAGCUAUAAAACUUCAGGCUGCUUGUAGAAGCUAUCUGGCUCGUCAAACAUUUCAAACACUCAAAGGGACCAUACAACUACAAGCUCUCAUUCGUGGUCACUUGGUUAGAAGACAAGCUGUUUCUGCUGUAUACUGUGUGAAGGGAAUAGUUAAAUUUCAAGCAUUGGUUCGUGGUUACAAUGUUAGACGUUCUGAUAUUGGGCUUGCCGUCCAGAAAAUUUGUAAGGAUACUCAUUGUUCAAAUUCUAUUUCGGUAGUUUCAUCCUCUCAGGCAAAGAAGCUGUCGGAAAAUGUCUUUGUUUGCAAGCUUCUGGCUUCGUCCCCGUAUGCAGUUCCUCUAUCACUCACCAGUGGUCCUGUAGAACCUACUAUGGCUUGGAAGUGGCUUGACUAUUGGACGCAGUCACAUUUUUGGGCACCUGUUCCUGCAUUGAAAAAGAAAUUUGACUCAGUGUCUGAUGUGAAAAAUGGCAGUUCUCAGACAGUACAAAGGGGACAAGUUAAAAGAAAUACUCGUAAAUCUCCUGCUGUGAAAGCUGACAAUGGCUCGGUUUCAGUUGCUAACAAAUCUAAACAGCGUCCAAAAAAAGAUUCAAGCCAUCCAUUGCCUUCUGCUCAGGAACACCCACAAAAAGAAGCUGAGAAAAGUUGUCUUGAAAAAAAACAUGCACAGAAUGUUCCAAAUGGAUCUGAGGUUGUUAAUGAAAAAAGAAAGCACACCAGUAGAAAGAUUUUAGAUCAUAUCGUCACUGACGUGUCAGAGCAGGACCCAAGUGCCUCUUCAGAGAAAAUGAAAGAUUUGACAGUGGCAAAGUCAGAAGAGUCUGAUCCUGAGAAGGUUCAUGUACAUCAAGGAAAAGAUGUGAAUGAUAAUGAGCCACAUGAUGAUCCUAUUGCUGUCUCAAAGACUAGUGAAAAGAAGGGUGAAAAUGAUGGAAUUCAAGGAGUCAGUGAGGAUCUGAAUGGUGGUGGUGACAAUUGUAUCAGUAACAAUUGCCAGAGAAGAGCUUCACUACCUGCUAACUUUAGUGAUCAAGAUACUGAGUUAUAUACUACUCCUGUUACGCCAAGACUGCCCAGUUAUAUGGCUCCUACCGAAUCUGCAAAGGCUAAGCUAAGAGGACAAGGCUCCCCAAGAUUUGCUACUGAUUUGGUAGAAAAAAGCAGUACAGCCAGGCGGCAUUCACUUUCAUCCUCACUUAAUGGCAGGUCAGGUUCAUUUUCCCCGAGAGCUGAACGGCUGAUAGCCGCCAGUGGCAGAGGAAUGAUAAGGUCUGAUAGAUCUCUGUCAUCUUCAAGGGAUGGAACUGAGAAAUUGAUCCAACCUCAGUGGAGAAGGUGA